AAAAUACAAGAAACAAUGAACCCAACAUCGUCGCCAAAUCUCCCACCAACCUCGGAUCCCGCACUUUUGGAAGAUUGGGAAGAUCAAUUGGAUCCCAAAACUUUAGCCUCGAGCACGUACUCGGAUGAAUUUGAGGCAUUGAACCAGAUCCACGCGGAGGAUAUUGCGCGAAAGAACAAGGCCGGGGUAGUAAUCCAGCAUAGAUCCUGGCGACUGGGAGAUUCGUUCCCAAGCGAAGGGGAUUUGGAGCCAGGUAAAUUCUUCCCCUGCUCAUCGACGCGAACAUAUACUGAAAGGAGGCAUCUAGAAACCCCCCUACGCAGAAAAUCAACCUCCACCUACCUACCACCACCCCCUUCUUCCCCUCCCCUCUUCAAUAUGCCGUCUGCAUCCUCGCCCAUUGCAUACCCUCAAACUUCGUCUCCUCCUCCUGCAAAACGAUCACGACCGUCCGUAAAAGCUAUUAGGAAGCCCAAAGCCGUGGGAGGAUUCUUGAUUGAAGAUGAUUCGGACGAUGAUGAUUUCGUUCGCGCCGAACCAUCUCCUAAACGACGGAUGCUAGACUCAGCGAGACUACCUAGUCCAGAAAGUCAACAGAAUAUCAACAACGAUGGCAUUGACACGGAAACCCAUAAAGAAGGGUCCGGGAAAACAUCACUCCAAUCACUUCUUGGCUCCAUGGUUGGAGUGAACCCCGCCAUUGAGGAAGACAUUAUGGACGAGCCAAUGAUUGUCACACCAGAUUCCCAACCCAAAGAAGUUGAUGAGAUACCUGUUCUGCCAUCGUUCCUCGUCGGUCGACAAACCAAAGUUUCCGAUAUCGUAACGUGCUCUGGGAAUUCAAUUUCCUUACCACAGAGAAAGAAGUCGGCACCCGUGUCCUUUGAACAAUUAGUGGCAGCCAGAUCGAUAACGAAAGCUGGAAGAGCGAAGAAGAGCUACUAUGGAAUAGACAUUCAUAAUUUGAUAGACGAAGCCACCCGGGAGACACAAAAAGAACAAAAGAGAAGAGCAAACCUACCAAAGGAGGUUUUACCUUCAGUUGAACAGGCAGUAGGAAAAGCAAAACCACGUAGGACCUUGAUGUGGACCGAGAAAUAUCGAGCGAGGCAUUUCAUGGAGCUUGUGGGUGAUGAUAGAACACAUCGGCAAGUUCUUAAAUGGUUGAAGGCAUGGGAUCAUCUUGUCUUUCCAAAGGCCGGUAAAGCCAAAGUAAUGGCCUCGAAACGACCAGGUGAGGUCGAUGAUGAGAAGACUCACAGGAAAAUCUUACUUUUGACUGGACCUCCAGGAUUGGGAAAGACGACAUUAGCUCACAUUUGUGCAAGACAAGCCGGAUACGAGGUAAUGGAAAUCAACGCAAGCGAUGAGAGGAGUAAGGAUGUCGUCAAAGGAAGAAUCAGAACUAGCGUUGGAACGGAGAGUGUUAAGACCGGAUCGACAGUUACUUUAAAAAAUGGUCAUGUUCAGAAGAUUGCCCACCCGUUAUGCGUUGUGGUGGAUGAGGUUGAUGGUGUUGUUGGAGGCUCUGGAGGAUCUGGCGAAGGUGGUUUCGUCAAAGCGUUAAUUGACCUCAUUCAACUUGAUCAGAAGAAUUCAUCUGGAAUUAAUCCAAACCCAGGUUAUGCACGGAAGAAGAAAAAGGGCGAUGAUUUCAGGCUUAUGCGACCGCUAAUUUUGAUUUGUAAUGAUGUUUACCAUCCAUCCCUUCGACCCCUUCGCCACUCGAAUUUAGCCGAAAUCAUACACGUUCGAAAACCACCUUUGGAUGCAGUCAUUGCUCGUAUGAAGUCGGUUUUUGAGAAAGAGGGCGUUUCCGCUGACAAUGAUGCCGUUCGAAGAUUAUGUGAAGCUACGUGGGGAGUAAGUGCUAACGAAUCCCGAAAAGGGCGAGGAGGCACAGGAGAAGGAGAUCUAAGAGGAAUUAUGAUUGUCGGAGAAUGGGCGGCAGGAAAAUUGAAAGCAGCGAGUAAAGAUGGCAAGGCUCGACUGACGAAGAAAUGGGUUGAACAAAAUAUGACCUCAGAUCUAUCGCAUGGUGGUGGAGGAGCAAGAGGUGUUGGAAGGGGAGGUGCCAAGGAAGUUGUUAACCGAGUUUUCUUGGAGGGUGCAGGAUUCCCCAAACCCUCACAAUAUGAUCCGUCGCCUGGUAUUUCCAAUGAGCUGCCAAAAUCACAACUUGGCGUUGCCGAACUAGCUAAGAAGGCUGGAAUGGAUAGAUUGAGAGAAAUGGUCGAUACAAGCGGCGACAUAGACCGCAUCGUCACCGAUAUCUGGUCGCAAUAUCCCACUCAGCCUUUUAAUGAUGACUCGAUAUUAUCGAAACCCGAUGCUGCAUAUGAAUGGUUACAUUUCCACGACACAUGUUCUUCGCGAGUAUUUACUCAACAAGCAUUCGAACUAGCUCCAUACCUCAGUCAGCCAAUUCUUGCCUGCCAUCAUCUCUUCUCCUCACCUGCACGUCAUUACUUCGGAGGCGGCAACGAGACCAAAAAAUGGGGCGAGGAGGAAGAAAUGGAGGAUAUUAUUCCAUUUUCUGGUCCUCGGGCAGAUUACGAAGCAUUCGAAGCGGAGAAAAGUAACCGAGCUACCAUUCUCGCUCUACAGGCAAGUCUCAACCCGACUCUUCUAAGAAGUUUCCGAAGCCCCGAAGAUAUCGCGAUGGAUCUCCUACCGUCGCUUGUCAGGAUCAUUACUCCAGAGGUCAAACCCAUUAUCGUUGGUGGCAGUGGUGAACAGAAAGGCAUUACAAGUGUAAAGAAAGAAAGUGAGAAGGCGAUGGUGAAAAGGGCUGUAGAUGUAAUGGGUGAUAUCGGUGUGCUUUUUGAACGAGGUAAACUGGAGGGUGACUUUGGAAAUCGAGCUACUCAAUGGGUUUACCGUAUGGAACCGUAAGUUUUCGAUUCCUUCUAUGAUGGGAGGUAUGGUAAGCUUACUAACUCUUUUCAGACCUCUCGACAUGUUGGUCACCUUCGAGACAACCCCAAGCGCCUCCUCGGCACCAGCACCCGUCCGCUACGCCGUGCGGCAAGUCCUGGACCAAGAAUACCAGAAGAAUAUCAUCGUCCGUGAGAACGCUGCGCGUCAAUCUCGGUAUAGAGCGGGUAAUCUCAACGACGACACGGAUUUCUCGUUCACCAAGUCAAAAGAAGAGAAAGGUCAGCAUCAGCAUGCUACAGAGAGGGUCCUCGGUCCUACGAAGGAUUUCUUUGGGAGGCUGGUGGUGGAACAUCCUACUGCUUCCCAGGAGGACGAUGGAAAUCCGGAGUUGGACAGAAAAAAGGGGAAGGGGAAGGGGAAGAUGGGGGAAGGUGGUAAGAUUUGGGUUACGUACCAUGAGGGGUUUUCUAAUGCGGUUAGGAAGCCGCUUACUGUUGAGGAGUUAUUGAGGGGGCUUUAGUGUUGAUGUAUGAGUUCUGUGGAUCCCCAGGUAGUCGUUGGACUUGGAUAAUUAAUGAGGAAUGAUCACUGUACGAAUGAAUGUCGC